AUCUUUCUGUGUGUGUGUCUCGUAGGCCCGUCUGCCUGUCUCCUUGUCUCCCUCCAUUUCGCAUGUAGAUUGUCCACACAGCACACAUGGCCUGAGCAAAAGAGAAGGCCACACUUCAUAAUCCCUUCUCAGCGACCCCCCUUCUCACUCCUUCGUACUUUGUUCCCGUGUCACGACUCCUUAAGACCCGUCAAUGUAGCCGCCCCCACCACAGCAAGGGAACAGCCUUCGGCACAUGUCCCCAUACCACGUCCUGGGGAUGUCGAAUGGGCUGACUUCACGCGCCGGCAAGCGCAUGACGGCCGCCCGUAAGUCCCGCUCGAAGUGGCCGCAACUGCGAGAAGAAGAGAAAUCCAUACAGAGAGAGAGAUGAGCAUGUGCCAUGUGUUCGCCUGCUUACUUGUCGUGAAACAUGUGGAAUUUGAUGUCAAUGUGGGCCAAAAGGGCGUCUUUUAGGCGCCCCGCCGCUCCGCGUGGGCAGAGGCGCUGGAAGAACUUGUGUUCUUCCAGCGGCGGGAGGCCUCCCAGAGGGCUGGCACCCCAGGAAUAUACCCGAUAGCCAUCAGGCAACCCCUGAUGAGAGCAAACCAGCAAUGGAACACACUUCUGUCUUCUCACUCUCAAGCUUCUCCUGAUACCCAUCUGGUCUUGUCGACGAAAAGAACUCGCCGCCUACACAGCACAUAUAGGAGAGAUAAAAUGCAUCGAGAGUGAUGGCUGAUUGGUAUUCUACCUCCAUCGGCCGCAAACAUACCUUUGUCCAUAUUCGCAAAGUAGCAGCCGAUGUGCUCCCCCUGGAUCGUGCUGCCCAGCACAAUCGUCCCAAAAAGGAGUCGGUCGUCCUUCUCCCAGAGAUAGUUGAUGUGUUCCACAAACGAAUUCAACUCUGAAUCAAUACACACACAUGGGGGCAGACAAGAGCACGGAGCGAGGGCGUCUAUUCCUCCUCACCAAUGCGCACCUCCCCUUCCUCGCAGGAUGGGUCCCCCGGCACGACCUUGAGCGGCGGGGCGAGGUGCUUCUGAGGCCUCUGGCCUCCCGCAGUUGGCUGCGGAGCCACCGGUUGCUGCGAUGGCUGCAGUGGGGGAACUCGAUGCAGCCCUCCUGUGUUGGCCGAAAAAAGGGGAAGGCCACGCUGAGGCACAGUAGGGGGCGGCUGCAGCGGCACAUACCGCUGGAAGAGCUGAGGGGGACACGGGGGAGGGUGCACGCCUACAAACACCAACACAAACACCAAAGACAUCAAUUGUCAAGCGACGGGAUGCCUUCCUUCGUGUGCCCCUCACCGCCGGUGGCUGGCGAGGCCGUCGGGAUGGCUGAAUGAGCUUGAUACAUGCUCGUGUGUAGCUGCACAAAGCGUUGGGGUGGUUUCCGAAGAGAAGGUGGCCCCAAUUUGGAAGUCUCGACGGGGACAAGUGGAUCGGCAAUCGGGCGGGCAUCCGAGUCGCUGAGAGGUCAUCGGCUGCCGUGUAGCCCUCUUCGUCGCAUAAUCAAUCUGAGAUGCUGAUGGCCAUUGACUGUGGUCCUCGGCGCACCUGAUGCAACAACCAUCGAUCGCAUCGACAUCAGCUGAGGGUCGGUUCGGAGGGAGUGUGAUGCUGCAUGGCUGUACUGUAUGUUCACUCUCGCGCUGUGCUGCUGUGUGCCUGCAGAAUCACUCAUCACGGCGCGUCACGACUGGUGUGGCGGCUGCUGGUAUGUA